AUGCGUGGUAUUUUGCAUUGUGCCAGUGCACUAAAUGCAUGUGAUCGUGCGCUAAAAUGUUUAUUCAAUUUGAGAGGGAUCAAUGAUCCAAAUGAUCGCGUUCGUCUUGCCGCAUUUGAGCUCCUCAAUGAAUUGAUUGGCCAUCGUUACAUCAAAAUUGUGAAGCUGUUGCUACCAUCUUAUAUCAAGGAGAGCUUGAGUCCGGAUGAGGUGAUCAAUCGAAUACUUGUCAUGGGCGCACAGUGCGAAGCCGCUGCUUGGUCAUUUCAUCGUAUCAUUAUCACAGAAAAUUUGAUAUCAGUGGAACGUGCUGUGGAAGGACGUGAUGGUGGUAGUGCUGAAGUUGAUGAAACAAUAUGCUCCGAGUUUAGCAUGUGUGAAACGUUCAUUGAACCGAACCAAGACGAUAAAAGUGAAAAGUCGGAAAUUUGGCGUUCCUCGCUCGUACUGUUGAAUUGUUUGGCAGUGAUGUGGCUUCCACUACGGAUUAAAUUAGAAGACAAGAAAUAUGCGAAGGAAAAUGAGCAGUUGCGUAGACUGCUCAACAAACUGUUCAAAUUGGCAUUCUUGCGCUAUCGAAAUACAUCCGCUAUCGAAGCAAUAAUGCAAUUGGGCAAAACACUGGAUUUUUGGGAGCAAGCGAAAAUAAUGGUGCUUCAAGAGUUGUUCCACAGUUGUAGCCUGGAGAAUGAGGAUCGGGCAAGAAUGUACCUGGAAACAGCAGCCAGCUGGGAUUUCAAUGCCCUCCUCAAAUUCGUUGAUGAAUGUACGUAAAA